GAGUGAUGUAGACAUGAUUAUAUGAACGUGGCUGAUCUGUUGUUCCCUCCAUAAAUAUUCGCAUAAAACCAUCAAAUUCCGAAACAGGAACACACAAUUCAUUUUCGAACGAACGUGUCACAGAAUUCUCGCCUUUUCCGAAUAUGGCAUCGCGCGUCAGCAUUGGCAAUCUCACUUCCUCCGCGCCGUAUAUUAAUUCCCCUCAUUUUCGCUCACAACUUAAGCUUUCCAGCAACUCCUCUUUGCACAAGCCACUCAUGCGCGACAAGACUGUGCUGGUAACCGGCGGAGCCGGUUACAUCGGCACCCACACCGUUCUUCAGCUCUUGCUCGGAGGUUGCAGAACCGUCGUCGUCGACAAUCUCGACAAUUCCUCCGAGGUUUCUAUCCACCGAGUCAGGGAGCUUGCCGGCGAAUUUGGGAACAACCUCUCCUUUCACAAGGUGGACCUACGGGACAGGGAUGCACUAGAGCAAAUUUUUGUUUCCACACAAUUUGAUGCUGUCAUACACUUUGCUGGACUGAAAGCAGUAGGAGAAAGUGUGCAAAAACCUUUACUAUACUAUAACAACAACUUGACUGGGACAAUCACUCUAUUGGAAGUCAUGGCUGCCCAUGGAUGCAAGAAGCUCGUGUUCUCUUCUUCAGCAACUGUAUAUGGUUGGCCAAAGGAAGUUCCAUGCACAGAAGAGUUCCCUCUGUCAGCAAUGAACCCAUAUGGACGAACUAAGCUUAUCAUUGAAGAAAUUUGUCGUGAUGUCCACCGUGCAGAGCCAGAUUGGAAAAUAAUAUUGUUAAGAUACUUCAACCCAGUCGGUGCACACCCUAGCGGUUGUAUUGGGGAGGAUCCCCGCGGAAUUCCAAACAAUCUCAUGCCAUUUGUUCAGCAAGUAGCAGUUGGCCGACGGCCUGCACUGACAGUUUUUGGAAAUGAUUAUAAUACAACUGAUGGCACUGGGGUUCGGGAUUACAUUCAUGUUGUUGAUUUAGCAGAUGGGCACAUUGCUGCGUUGCUUAAACUAGAUGAUCCUAAUAUAGGUUGUGAGGUUUAUAACCUGGGAACAGGAAAGGGAACAUCAGUUUUGGAGAUGGUUCGAGCUUUUGAGAUGGCAUCUGGAAAGAAAAUUCCACUUGUGAUGGCUGGCCGUAGACCUGGUGAUGCUGAAAUUGUUUAUGCAUCAACAAAGAAAGCGGAAAGAGAGCUUAAAUGGAAGGCAAAAUAUGGCAUUGAUGAGAUGUGCCGCGAUCAAUGGAAUUGGGCUAGCAAAAACCCUUAUGGCUAUGGAGAUCAGGAGGAUUCCACCGUUUAACUAUAUAUAUAUAUAGUGUUCUCUUUGGGUUCUUUUCCGAACUCCCCCACACCGUAGUCCGUAGGUCUUGUGAAUUUAGUUUUCUCAAAAGCUUUUCUUUAGUCCGUAGGUCAAGGUGACAAGUACUUGUAUUAUUAUGAUUCAUAGUUACAUGGUAAAUAAGUAGUGGUUUACUGCACUGUAAUUUAAUUUAAAGGUUCUAUAGGUUCCUUCUUACAGGUUAUUGAUUAUUAGAUUCGAAUACUCUCAUGUUCCACAUGAGCAGCAUCCUGUUUUGUAAAUCUGAAUCACAUGUUUGUUUAAAGUGUAACUAACAGGUAUCCUAACCUCAUUAUUCAGAUUAUUUCUUUUUUGAA